ACUUCACAAAGCCCUGAUGCUUUACUGAUCAUGUUCUACCCUCCAAAUGCCUAUAACGUAUAUGUAAAUUAUAUAGGCCAAGGAAGCAAUGCUUUCAAGACAGACUCAGAGCCUCUGGACUGGAGACACACCUGUGUGACUUGGGACUCUGAUACUGGGUUGGUCCACCUUUGGGUCAAUGGAAAGCUCUACCCUGGAGGAGUUUCUGGUAAAGGGUCUUCUAUCGAAGCUUCAAUCAGCCUUAUUCUGGGACAGGAACAAGACUCUUAUGGUGGAAGGUUUGAUGCUACUCAGUCAUUGGUUGGUGAAAUAAGUGAUGUCCACAUUUGGGAUUAUGUCCUGACUCCAGAAGACAUUCAGAAAGUCACCUCUGGCGAUCUCCAUGGAAAUAUCCUGAAUUGGAAGUCUCUACUCUAUGAAAUAAAAGGGGAAGUUUUUGUCCAGCCUAAGAAUUUGCAUUUGGAGAGUAAAGUCUUCGUCUUCCCCAAAGAAACCAGCACAGCUCAUGUCAUUCUGAGACCUGAAAUUACAAGACCAUUGCAGGAAGUCAGCGUCUGUCUACGUUCCUAUACUGACCUUUCCCGCCCCUAUACUCCCUUCUCUCUUGCUACUCCCGGGAAGGACAACGCCUUUCUCAUCUACUUACAGCCCCCAAACACUUGUUUUGUACACAUCAACCAGGAAGACACUUAUUUUAAGACAGACUCGGAGUCUUUGGACUGGAGGCACAUCUGUGUGACCUGGGACUCCAACACUGGAGUGGUCCAACUUUUGGUCAAUGGGAAACUCUACCCCAGAAGAGUCUCCAUGAAAGGGUCUUCUAUCGCAGCUGAAGGCAGCAUUGUCCUGGGACAGGAACAAGACUCUUUUGGAGGAGGGUUUGAUGCUAAGCAGUCAUUUGUUGGUGAAAUAAGUGACGUCCACAUGUGGGAUUAUGCCCUGAGUCCACGAGAUGUACAGAAGGUCAUCUCUGGUGGUCUCCUUGGGAAUGUCAUUAAUUUUAAGUCUGUAGUUUAUGAAGUCAAAGGGGAAGUUCUCAUCCAGCCCAAACCUUAAU